AACUGGCAAACGUGGUACUUCGAAAACAAGUUGAAGAGAGAUCACCAUAUAUGCGAAACAGAUGAGCUUUUUACUGUUCAGGAAAUAUUAGAACCUAACAAACAAUUAUGAGUUAACACACAGAUAUGAGGCAAAAAGGUCAUUAUUCGAACAUCAAAGGGGAUAUUAUUAUAUUAUUAUCUAGCAACAAUAGAUAUCUACGAUCUAAAAUAUUCAAAUCUAAUUGAUCGUUCACACGUACGAAUUUAUCAUGUUUAUCGAUAAAUGCCGUUUGCGUUUUUUUUAAUCUUUAUUGUCCCUUCGAACAUUCAUCACAUUGCACAUGCAUAUUCUGAGAAUCUAUGAGAAAAAGGCGGGGAAUUGGAAGAGGGGAAUGAUUACUUAAAAAUGAAUAUUAUAGUUUGAAAGAGCUAUAAUGUAGACGAACCACUUAUAGAGUUUUUGCUGUUGCAAAGGUAAUAUUAUGUUUUCUAAAUAAAUAAGGUAGUUGCUUGACCUAUUAUUGAUGUUGAAAGCUCGUUGAAAGCUCCUUUCAGCAUUCUUGGCUAUUUCACUUCGGUCAGUUUUUAAUAGCAGAGGAAUCCGCUGGGAAAACUGAUAUUCAUAGUCAAUUAAGAUUGGAGUCGAACGCAGCUUGCCACUUAAAGCCUAAGGUUGAAAUUAGACAAAUUACUUGGCAACUGAUGCCUCCUCAAGGUUUAAUUGAGAUAUCUCACGAAUUUUAAUGUUAUGAGAAGUUGAAUUGACUCCUUGGCUUUCCCAACCUGAAAAAGUUUCAUGCGUUAUUUCUUCAGUACCUUGAAGUAUAAAAACAGAAUGAUCAUUGAUGUAAAACAAGACUUUUUAAGCUGUCAGUUCAUUGAUAUUAUCAGAUAUGUAUUAGUUUAUCCCAUAUGAUUAAAACUAUUCUUAUUGAUAUCAGGUUAUCCAACGUGUAUUGCUGCACAAAGUAGAUUACAUCAGAAUUAAAUAUACUAGUACCUAGUUGCAUAUAAUAACGCUCUUAGAGAUAGUAAACCCCUUUCCAGCAAAACGUGCCAUACUUUUAUAGAAAUGUGAGAAAAGUCAGUAACUUUUAUCUGUUUUUCUUCUUUUUUCACAAUUUUAUUCAACCGAUAUCAUUUUUGUAUUUAAGUAGGAAACAUUUAUUUAUAUCAAAACCUCAGAAAUAGUGUUUUUCCAUAAAUGACGCCCAUAUUUCAAUGACUUAUACUUGUUUAUGAAGCUAAAUAUAAGUAUUUGCUUCCGACACAAUGAUCUAUUUCACUUGUAUUGAUGUAGAACAAGGAAGAAUUUAAAUUUUAUAUGACAAUGUUUAAAGGAGCCGGAAUAUAAAUACAGAUAGAAACUAACAAUAUAUAUAUAUAUAAGUUACUUUGAUUUGUAUUCUAACUGCAUGGCAGUUAACUAUAAAAAGUGCUUUCGAACUUAUGAAAAUGAAAGGUUUGACAACAAGGUGACAAUUGUUACGGAUGAAGAUGACGACCAAUCAGACUAUGAAGAAAUUGCCGAAUGUGUUGAAAAUCCUUCGGAAAAAGAGAAAAAGAUUCAAAACAAAUAUACAGAUUGGAAUAAAAGGGAUGCAAGUAAAUCUACUAAGUCAGAAAAUAAGAGUAAAGUCAAUGGCGACAAAACUGAAAGUAAACAAGACUUUGACUUAGAACUACCUAGGGUACAGAAAGUGAAACACGUGAAAGAUGUAAGCAAAACAUGGAGAACUGCAUGUUUAUUGAUUGCCUUUCUUUGUGUUGGGUUGUUGUCAGUUAAUGGUGUACUAUUGUGGUUGAUGCUUUCAUCAAAAGUUUCUCCUUGUGCACAUGUGCCAUGUUUUCAUGAUGGAAAUUGUUCUGUUUCCGGAGAAAUUGCUGUCUGCAUUUGCCAUAGAGGAUUUAACGGAUUAAGAUGUGAAGGGUCUCCAUGUGAUAACUUAAACUGUGACAAUGGUGGGACAUGCUUUCUUGAUGAAUUCCAGCCAAAGUGCGCGUGCAAAAAUGGAUUCACUGGUGAAAAGUGUACAAUAACACCAUGUUCAAGAAUCCCAUGUGAACAUGCUGGGACAUGUUCGGUGACAGGUUCGAAUUUUUCUUGUUCUUGUUUAAACGGAUUCAUAGGAAUACAAUGUGAAAUUUAUGAAGCUGACUUUGAGAACGACGUUGGCUCCAUGUUUAUUCAGGAUCUCAGUGACGAACACAACUGGACAGUACAUUCGAACUCAACACCUAGUAGAUUGACUGGUCCGUCUUCAGCAUACAAAGGAGAUUACUACUUGUAUUUCGAGGCAACAUCUGUCACUCGAAGAUCUGUUGCAAGAUUGCUGUCACGGGAUUUCAUUUUUGAAUCUACUGGAUGUCUGAAGUUCCAUUACCACAUGUAUGGUUCUGACAUGGGUGACUUGAUCGUAUAUCAAGAAAGCAGACAAAUUUGGAGGAAAGCCGGAGAUCAAGGAAAUCAAUGGAGGUUUGCCGAAAUUAGCCUACACGCUACAACUUUUAAUAGCUCAAAGAUAUCGUUUGAAGCAGUCCGUGGUACAGGAUACAAAAGUGAUAUUGCGAUUGAUGACGUGCAAGUACUUCUAAGAGGCUGCUGAAGUUAUUCAAUUCAAUUGAAUAUUGUUGUUGGUGGGUCUGUAAUCAAUCCUUGGAUUGAACCAACAACUGUGUUGGGAAAAGCUCAAUACAUCAAGAUACUAUUUACUGUGUGUGAUCUUUAAAAAUACAACGA